AUGGAGGUUCCGAGUUUGGGACACAAUAUCACGAGUCCGAUGAGUCCAUGCGAGGGUAUGAUCAAGAAUGUGAGCCUAGAGUCGCUUCAGCUGUGCGAGAGAGACGGGAAGUCUCAGGACAGCGGCAUUGUAGAAAUGGAAGAACUUCCUGUCCCACAAAACAUCAAAAUCAGCAACAUCACGUGUGACUCCUUCAAGAUCUGCUGGGACAUGGAUCCCAGGGCCAGAGAGAAGAUCACACACUACUUCAUUGACCUCAACAAAAAAGAGAACAAGAACUCCAACAAGUUCAAACACAAGGACGUGCCUACAAAGCUGGUUGCCAAGGCGGUGCCAUUGCCGAUGACAGUGCGAGGCCAUUGGUUCCUGAGCCCACGGACAGAGUACACGGUUGCUGUGCAGACAGCCUCCAAACAGAGUGACGGGGACUACGCCGUAUCAGAGUGGAGUGACAUCAUCGAGUUCUGCACUGCAGAUUAUUCCACUGUGCAUUUAACUCAACUGCUGCAGAAAGCUGAGGCUAUUGCUGGUAGAAUGCUCAAGUUUUCUGUCUUCUAUCGGAACCAGCACAAAGAGUACUUUGACCACUGCAGAGAGGCACAAGAUGGGCGCAUGCUUCCCUCAGUGAAAGACAACAGUGGCAGUCACGGCUCGCCCAUCAGCGGUAAGCUGGAAGGCAUUUUCUUCAGCUGUAACACUGAGUUUAACACGGGCCAGCCGCCUCAGGACUCACCGUACGGCCGCUAUCGCUUCACCCUGCCUGCCGAGGCCCUCUUCACACCCACCACGCGCCUCUACUUCGGCGACUUCUACUGCAUGUACACGGCGUACCACUACGUCAUACUGGUUCUGGCCCCCCGAGACUCCCCUGGAGACGUGUACUGUCGCGAGCGUUUGCCCGAGCUGGACAUCUCCGACAACCAUUUCCUGACGCGCGUAGAGGACGAGGAAGGCCGGGUGGAGUUUCGGCACGCGCAGGACGUCAUCCUGGAGGUGAUUUUCACCGAUCCCGUGCCGCUGUCGCUCGGCAGCGUGGCAGAGAUCAGCGGCCACCAGCUCAUGAGCCUCUCCACCGUCAACGCCAAGAAAGACCCCAGCUGCAAGACCUGCAACAUCAGUGUCGGACGCUAA